ACUGUUGGGGUUAUUUUAUUUGGUAAUUUCCGUUUUAUUAUCCCUUCAGCUCUGCAACUGCGGCAUUUUACACCUUGAGCUAAGAGAAAUGGCGGCCAUCACUCGAUUUCAUCUUCUCCAACCAUCUACGCUCCUCAAAUCGUCUUCAAUUCUCUCCAAAUUUCCUCAUGCUACUCCGUUCUUCACUAUCUCCACCAAUAACAACGCCGAUCUCCGCCACUUCCGCUGCGGUGGCCGUAAUUUCUCCAACAUUCCGCCGCUUAGGUGUAAUUCCGAGAGCAGUAGUUCAAGUACUGAAUCGAGCCAUUCGAUAGUCAGCGAUCUUCUGGACUACCUUAAUGAAUCCUGGACUCAUUUUCAUGCUACUGCUGAAGCAAAAAGACAACUAGUUGCUGCUGGAUUUCAUUUGCUGAACGAGAAUGAAGAUUGGGAACUGAAGCCUGGUGGUCGCUAUUUUUUUACGCGAAACAUGUCUUCUUUAGUUGCAUUUGCAAUUGGGGAAAAGUAUUCAAUUGGCAAUGGUUUUCACGUGAUUGCUGCUCAUACAGAUAGCCCAUGUCUAAAACUAAAGCCAAAGUCUGCAACAUCCAAAUCUGGCUAUCUUAUGGUCAAUGUACAGACUUAUGGUGGUGGUUUAUGGUACACUUGGUUCGACAGAGACCUAAGCCUAGCUGGAAGGGUUAUUGUUAGAGCUGAGGAUGGUUCCUUUUCACAUAAGCUAGUAAAGAUAAAGAGACCUUUGCUGCGAGUGCCCACACUUGCUAUUCAUCUCGACAGGACAGUAAAUUCAGAUGGUUUCAAGCCAAACAUUGAGACUCAGCUCAUUCCUCUUUUGGCAACAGAAGCUGAAAAAACAUCCGAUGACAAAAGUGCUGCAUCUUCAAAAGCUGCUCACCACCAACUGCUUAUGCAGAUCUUGUCAGAUGAGCUAGGCUGUCAGGUCGACGAUAUUGCUAGCAUAGAACUAAAUGUUUGCGACACUCAACCUAGCUGUCUUGGAGGUGCUAACGAUGAGUUUAUAUUUUCUGGGAGAUUGGAUAAUCUGGCUUCAAGUUUUUGCGCAUUGAGAGCUCUCAUUGAUGCAUGUGCCUCACCUGAAGAUUUGGUUAAUGAGCAUGCAAUUCGAAUGGUUGCUUUAUUUGACAAUGAGGAGGUUGGUUCAGAUUCAUGCCAAGGAGCAGGUGCUCCAACUAUGUUUGAGGCCAUGAGAAGAAUAAUUGCCUGUUUAGGUCAAAAUAUUGUUGGUGAAUGUGGCUUUGCACGAGCAAUUCGCCACUCUUUUCUUGUAUCUGCUGACAUGGCUCAUGGAGUCCACCCCAACUUUGUGGAUAAGCAUGAAGAAAAUCAUAGGCCAAUGUUGCAGAAGGGGCUUGUGAUAAAGCAUAAUGCUAAUCAACGUUAUGCUACAAGUGGAAUUACAUCUUUUCUAUUCAAGGAAAUUGCUGACAUCCACAAUCUCCCCACACAGGAGUUUGUUGUGAGAAACGAUAUGGGAUGUGGUUCCACUAUAGGUCCCAUACUUGCUUCAGGAGUUGGAAUCCGUACAGUCGAUUGUGGCAUAGCUCAGCUAUCCAUGCACAGUGUAAGAGAAAUCUGCGGCAAGGAGGAUGUGGACAUCGCUUACAAGCACUUCAAAGCAUUUUAUAGAACAUUCUCAAGCAUCGACAGAAAGCUAAAAGUGGAUUCCUAACUGAAGAAUAUAUAGUUGGGAAACUAGAUUUUUAACCAAAGUUUGGACUGGUGUAUUUGGCAUAUGUUUCUCAUAUGCAAAUUUAUUCUGUUUCUGUGAAAUUGCAGAAAUGGGGAACAACAAUAAACUAGAAAAAUAUUAUCAGCUCAUAGAGCUGUGCAUCAAUGGCUGAACAUUGACAAGGAAUUUCAAUGUCUUGAAACCUGUUAUUA